CAGCUGUUCUUAUGCUCAAAAUGAUCCAUUCUGUCUUCAUCCACAGAGAACCAUCCUUAAUGUGCGUUUCCUCAUUCUUUUUCUUGUCAGCUCUUUUCCGUAAUGGAAUGGGUCAACCCUGCAUCUCUGGAAUGGGCAGAUGCCUCCUUCUGGUGUUGGCACAGAUUAGAGUUGGCAUCAAGGAAAUAUAAUUUGUACCCAGAUGCAAUUGUCUGUGACUCCAACCUUCUGCCGCUAUUCGGUCUCAGCUUUUUACGACUGUUUUGUACAGCUUCUCGUAACGCUUGCAAAUAUUUCCCAGUUAGCAUUUGGCACGCUGCCAUCUCUGUUUCGGGUCCCUCCCUUGAGGGCAUGCCAUCUCUGCAAACAGUGAAGGCGUCCAAGAAUGCCUUGCUCACCAUAUGGGGAUUGCUGUUUACAAAUGUUUGUGCUAAGUAGGCUUGGCUGCAUGCCAUUUUUCUACCCAUGCCCUCGCCGCCCUACAGAAGAUGCCAAUGUAGGAGCGCUAGCAACCAUUGCCUUGGCACGUCUUGUUGUCUUUGUCCAAAUAAACUGUGAUGAAUGAGGAAAUCGCCAAAGAUAAAAGCUGCCAGUGGUGGUGAAGCCAUUAAGCAAAUACUCUCAUUAGUACACAAAACAUAAUGAAUAUGUAAAUGGUGUGUGUAAUUUAUGCAUGGGCUGAGAGACGAGUUCUCUUUUCAGCCCUCGUUUGUAUUCACCCUUUUGACGCACCCCUUUCUCUUCAAAUUUCACAUUCUUACACCAAAUUUGAUCCUUUCUAUGACCACACCUUUUGAAUGAAUCUACAAUGGACCUCUUGGGAUCUUUUAUUUUGUCUUUUUUUGCCUGUCUUUUGGUUCUUAGUUUCUAAAUGUCUCACAGCAUCGCGGUCUUUUUCUCUGUUUGGUUUCGUCUGCUAACAGUCUGUCCUCACCAAAACAAAUCCUGCAGCGAUGCAUUAAACCAACAACCGAGUGUUUGAACAAGCUCUGUCUUCCAGGAAUAUGAAUACUGAAUAAUCUAUCCAGCAUCAUAUCUCACACUUGACUGUGGUGGGUUCAUGUGUUUUCCCUUUGUCUCUCUGUCGCUGUGUUCGUCUAAAUGUGUGGUCUAAAACUGUGGUAAAUGGAAGCGUGUCCUGAUAAACAUGAGUAUCCUUGCGCUCGUCUACAAUAAACACCUAUAAUACUCGGGCUCCCUUGGCAAUCACCAUAGCAACAAACCAAGGCACCCACGUGAGUUGCAUAGUAAGAUGUUCCCCGAGCCCAUUGACCAUAAAGCUGCUGCAAACCAGGUAGCCUUGCUCGAGAAAGUGAAUAAAAAAAUAAAUACCCACUCAAAUGUCACACCUCAACUCUGGCUCACUCCAGGGCAAUCUCUUGUGUUUAUCAAUAAGCUUGCAACACACAACACUCGUAUGCGCCACCUCUCUGUCUCACCAGAUCUUAACAGGUGCUGAUGAGCCGCAGUCAAUGAUUGUAAUGAGCUAUCGAUCACCGUGGGAAAAUGGAGGGACGGAGAGGGGUUAGGGGAAGCAGAGGACACAAAUAGGAGGAGGAGGAAAAUAAAGAAGUUCAUGAACUAAUUGGAGACAAGCUACCUUAGACGAGAGUAUCGACACGUGCUUUAAUCAAGUUUUCAUCUACUAUUGGACUGUGCGAAAUAAGCAACUGGGCACGAAGGUUUUAAGGGGAACUAUUGUGGUGGAUGUGCUCAGGAUGACCAUGCAGACCAAGCCCAGAUGCCCGUGAAGGCUCUGACGCAGUAUCUUUAUUUUCCUCUCGUUUUUUGUGCGUGGAGUGGAAGCAGACAGCUUUAGGGAAGGGGGAGGUGCGUCGUAUGUGUUGGUUGGCGUUUCAGAUAAUGAAAUGCAGCAGGGAACAAAGAGCUGGGGGCCCCUAUUCUCUGGGCUGCGGCUUCAUUUUCACUCCCGUCAAGUCUAUGAUUCUUCCAUACGCUCCUUCUUGUGUAUGUGUUUGUUUGUAUGAGCGGCUUGUUGUGUGUACGACAACCCCGCCCACCCUCCUCCUGUUAGUAUUCUGCAUGGCAGAUCCCCUUAAUGUAAUAACUGUGUCUGCAUGUCUAAUUUACAGCAGUAUAGAGUAAAUAGCCUGUGGUUAAUUACAGUACAUGCAUGUGUGUGUGUGUGUGUGUGUGUGUGUGUGUGUGUGUGUGCGUGUCCAUGCGUGUGUAUACAUGCACAUAGGUGUGUCACAAUGAUUUAUGAGUUGGAAAUAGCUACACCCGUGGCCUGUUUCUUCUCACUUAGUUUUUAAUCUGUCUUUCCAUUAAUUUUCUCUGAGAUGUUGGUUAUUAUGGUUUUAGAGCAGUGUUCGUGAGGAUACACGUGAGUGCACAUUUAUGGUUUAAUGAGACAGAGGUGUGGCCAUUUUGAAAAGGGAAGAUGUUUAAGGGCAUGUGCACUUUGUUUUGCCCAUUUUCAACUCCUGCACUGCCUAAAUGUGUUGAGUAAAGUAAAAAAAAGUUGAAAUGAAGGCAAUUAGACUUCUUCAUGGUCCAUCUAAAGUACAACCAAGAUGGCUAGUUGCCCUGUACUUUUAGGGGUCUGCCACCAUCUUUCUUGCUUCCUUCUCUUUCGGGGCUUCGUCCCUUCCCAUCGCAAAGAGCCUCAAUGAACAGAACACAGAUCUUUAUUGACAGUACACGGCAGAACAUGGAAACAGCGGGUCAAUCCGUUUAGCCCAAGGGCCGAUACACCAAUUCACCAAUUUGUCAGUGUUAGUUUGAGAGAGAAAAGCAGCUAAUCUCUCCUCUCUGCUCUCUAUUGAUCACACACUUAGACUCCACUUCUCUGUCUAAACACUAUUGAUUCCCCCUCUCUCUCAAUCUCAUUCUCUCUCCCUCUCUUCUCUGUCUCACUCCCUCCACAUACCGCAGCUUUCAACGCACACUUCUUCAUAAUACUGAAAAAUAUGGAUUGUACAUUGCCCGGUAGAUGAGUCACACACUCUAUGGACACUUUACCAUGCUUUAGCGUGAACCAACAAGACUAAGAAUGAUCCCUUUAGCAGUUGGCGCACAAGAAUUCAAGAGUUUGCAACACGGGCCUCAACGCUCCUGCUCCCUGCUGUGCAUAUUCAAAAGCGGGUGCACUGUCUCAUUAAAAUCAAGCCCUGUGCAGAAUGAAUGAAUACACGCAGUGAUUAAACAUUCACCUCUUGUUACUGUGCCUCCUGCCUUUUGUUUUUGCAGCCUCACAUCACAGGAUGCACUUGAAAAGGACCUGCCAAGAUGAAGGCGUUGAUUCAAGUGAAAACAAGGGUCUCUUGUUUGAUCACAUUUAGCUAGUAGGGGGCCCAUGUCAUUAAUCUUUUUUUGCAGAUAGAAAUAAAGUAGUUAAGGGAUGGCCAAUCCAACGACUGUGUUAUGUUAAUGAAUGGACUGAACCGGGUGGGCAAUUCAUCAUAUGCUGUAUGUAAUCUGUGAGUCUUUCUCAAUUUAAACUAAUGAACAACUGAUGAUAAUGUGCUUUGUUAAGCUUGAGCGCCCUCUGCUGGUGAUGUGGGCUCAUUAUAGAUUACAAAACCGACUUGCGUAACUUAAAUCAGCUGUUUUGUAACUACUGUGGCAAGACCAUGCUGCACGUUUGAUGCAUGGAGUGUGUACUUUAACGCGAGUUAUAAGCGGGGGAAAAGAUACUACAAUCACCUCCCAGCUGACGAUGCCUACCGGUGGAGAAGACGAAAGAGCUGUGAUGAGAAAGCAACUGAGAGAAGUACUGCUAGGUCGAGAAGAUCCGGAGGUGUUUUUCGCGAUGUGUUUGUCCAUUUUGGGGCAUCAAGAGACCAGAAGACAGUUUCUGCACAUCAUCCAGCCUUUGUCAUCGGGCAACAGGUCCCUGCACUCCGCCCUCGCCUCCAUCUAUCAGGAAUAUUUCACUCAGGUGGAUGAUGAUGAGCUGGAACUCGCACUGAUGCUGUCACGACUUGAAACACAAGGAACCCCACUUCAGAAACACGAAGGAUACAAGGGUGGGCACACAAAGGAAGUAGGAGAGAGAUGCAAAUCACGAGAGCCUGAGCAUCAGAAGGAUGCACAGCUGAACGUGUCGGAUGUGAGUCAGACGGUUUCUCCCAUGCAGAAUAUGCUGGAAAAUAGCACCAAAGUGAUGGAGGAAAAAGUUUUAAACCAGAAAGCAAAACGCUCUAAAAACAGACGGCAGAAAGCGGUGGCCCAGCGGGUAGUUGGUUUGCCAUGCUCUCCAUCAGCGAUGCCGCCUGUGUUGCUUUGGUUCCGCAGGGACUUGAGACUGUGUGACAACCCUGCUCUCAUCAGCUCCUUGGAGGUGGGCGCACCAGUCAUACCUGUCUUUGUCUGGAGUCCUGAAGAGGAAGAGGGGCCUGGAAUUACAGUGGCUACGGGAGGAGCUUGUAAAUACUGGCUUCAUCAAGCUUUGGCUUCUUUCUGUUCAUCUUUGGAACGUAUCGGCAGCCGUCUCAUCUUCCGUGAUGCAAACAGAGAGGGAAACCACGUUGCAUCGACUCUGUAUACGCUUAAAGAGCUGGUAAAGGAGACUGGGGCAAGAACAGUGCUGGCCAAUGGUCUCUAUGAGCCUUGGCUAAAAGAAAGGGAUGACGUGAUAGUGUCAGCACUGCAAAAAGAUGGAAUUGAUUGCAAGAUGUUCCACUCAUACUGCAUCAGAGACCCUUAUUCUGUCAGCACUGAGGGCGUUGGACUCAGAGGAAUUGGAUCACUGUCUCAUUUCAUGAACUGCUGCAGACAGAACCCAGGCUCUGCAUUGGGCACUCCACUGGACCCGCCUGUGUCCCUUCCCGUACCUUCCAGCUGGCCUGUGGAUGUCACUUUAGACAAACUUGGCCUGGCACGGAUGCCACGUAGGAAAGACGGCACAACAAUCGACUGGGCAGCUAAUAUUCGCAAAUCCUGGGAUUUUAGUGAAGAAGGAGCUCAUGCCCGCCUUGAGGCCUUUCUGCAUGAUGGUGUGUAUAGAUACGAGAAAGAGUCAGCCAGGGCUGAUGCUCCAAAUACCAGCUGUCUAUCGCCAUACCUUCACUUUGGUCAGCUCAGCCCUCGCUGGCUACUGUGGGAUGCCAAAGCGGCACGCUGUCGACCUCCAAAAUUCCAACGCAAACUGGCGUGGAGAGACCUGGCAUACUGGCAGCUAACCUUGUUUCCUGACCUCCCGUGGGAAUCCCUUCGGCCUCCAUACAAGUCACUACGGUGGAGCAGCAAUCGCAGUCACCUGAAGGCGUGGCAGUGUGGUCGUACAGGCUACCCUAUGGUGGAUGCAGCCAUGAGGCAGCUGUGGCUGACAGGCUGGAUGAACAACUACAUGAGACACAUUGUGGCAUCUUUCCUCAUAGCAUACUUGCAUCAGCCCUGGCAAGAGGGCUACCGCUGGUUUCAGGACACACUGGUGGAUGCAGACGUUGCCAUCGAUGCCAUGAUGUGGCAGAACGGUGGCAUGUGUGGUCUGGAUCACUGGAAUUUUGUCAUGCAUCCUGUUGACGCCGCAAUGACCUGCGACCCCAAUGGCAGCUACGUUAGGGUAUGGUGUCCUGAGCUUGCAGAUUUGCCUGAUGACCUCAUUCACAAACCCUGGAAAUGCCCGGCGUCCAUGUUGCGACGAGCAGGUGUGGUGUUUGGCCAGACAUAUCCGGAGAGAAUAGUUAUAGAUCUGGAGGAGAGGCGGAGUCAGUCUCUUCAAGAUGUCGCCCUGGUUCGAAGGCAACACAGGCAGUAUGUGGACAAACGCACAGGCUGUGACUUGGUCCCUAUGCCGCCACGCCUGGUCUCUGAGGCCCUGGGCUUGUCACAUGACGCUGGAGGCGUGGUGCUGGCUGGCAAACAAUUCCUCCUACCAGUCAUCACCCGCAUGGAAUUCAAGUUCCAGCUAGAAGAUCCGGAUGCAGAUGCCACCGCCAAUCCGUACAAUGCUGUCCUUAAAGGCUACGUCAGUCGCAAAAGGGACGAGACCAUUGCGUUCCUCAACGAGCGAGACUUCACUGCCAGCGUGUUGCAUGAAGGAGCACAGAGGAAAGAGAGGCUGGAGAGUGACUAUCGCCGCAUGGAGGGGCUGCCUAGACCUCUUGCGCCACGAGGAAGUGCUAGACGCACACCAAAUGCAAAAAACAGGUUCUCCAUAGUACCUGGUGGCGCUGUUACUACACCCAGAUGACCCAGAGUCGAACAGUAAAGAUGAGUCUUCCUCAGGACAGUUACUUUACUUGCUGUUAAAUCCAGUUGACAAAUGUCACUAAGCUUAGUAUAAACGUACCUAACCUUUGAGUAAUUUUUUUCCAGUGGGUCUCUGUGUCAUGGCUGUGACAGGCAGAAAAGCUCUUACUCUGUUGGAGACCCCAAUUGUAAGACGACCCAUCUUUUUCUUCUUAAAUUUGAGUCAAUACUGAAGCGCAAUGAUGACGUGAAGGCAGUAAAGCAAAUUCUUUCAAUACCUACAGAAAUGCACCAGAGGAACAUUUGCUUUCAGUGAGUUUGUAAGGUGCUGAUUGAUGAGAAACUCAAGUUUUGAACUCAAAGCAAACAAAAACCCCUCUUCCAAUAGGACUUUUGACCUCAGCUACCUAUUAUAUUUUAAACCAUGCGGUCCUUACUUUGGCAUAGACAAAUAAUAUUUAAGGGCUACAAUGGAGGCUGAAAAAGCGAUGCCUAAAAUAACAAUGGCUGAGCCCAAAUCUUGUGUGUGCUGUGGCUGCACUGACAAGUGUGUCUUGUUUACUUGUAAAAAGCUCUGUUAAAUAAAUACAAAUCAGGAGAAAAAGAAAAAAACGUUUCAUGAGGUUUAUUGUAAAGAUAAUUUCAGAACAGACAUCAUAGAUGAUACCAUACAGGUGAAAGUGCUUUUCCCCAGAACAAUUCCAUUAACUUGAGUGUCAGUCUCUUCUUUUAUUUGGGGUGUGGGAAGAGUGAUGUUAAAAAAACUCAACAUUGUAUGGUCCUUAAAGUGAGUCUUUUAACAGCAGCUAUUAAGGAUCCCUAAGGUUCACAUUUGUACAACACAGUCAGGGCAGCAAAGAGACACAUCAGAGUUCUGAUGUAAAGAGACACUGCCUGCCAGUGUUAUUUGAAGAGGAAAAAAGUUGGGAGAAGGAUUAGAUUAGUCCUCUAUGGAGCGGAUGUAUCGCUCAUAUGCUGCCUCGUCCAUCAGAGAGUCCAGCUCAGAAGGUUUGGCAAUGGUCAUCUUCAUUAACCAACCUGUGUUGAAUAGGAGCCAUCAAGUCAUUAGAUGGAGCUAAACUGCUUUUGACUACUGAUGUCUCAUUUGAAUUACGAGAUGUUAAACAUCAUAACUAAGUCGCUUUCCUGGUGCUCCCACUAAAAUUUGCAGAAGGAAACAACCUUGGCAUCUGUUAAAUGUAUCGAUAGUGUCAAGCAGUAUAAUUUAGCCCUUCAGGGUAGGUAAUGAUACUUUAUGAAUGAAUAAAUAUGGUACGGGUGUGUUUUCUUUAAUAUUCCAAAUCAAUUUCAAUAAUUAAAUCAAAAAAAUAUAUCCAAAGUUCUGAUAUUUAAUAAUGUAUGUGCAUUUUUAUGCAAUCAUAUUAAAAGGUAAAAAAUGACAAAAAUGCAACUGGACAAUUGUAAAUUUGUAAUAAAAAUAUUACUAUUAUAUUUAUUUUAUUAUUAUUUUAAAUCAUCAGAAUAAUAAGAGAAUGUCAAAGUGCUCACAGUAUCACAUGUACCAGCCAUUUUAUUACGUUCACUUACAUUCUCAACAUGAGUUGUAUCAAAAAUUCUAGAUUUUAAAAGAAAAUGCUUGAAUUCUGCUCAUCAUAAUGAGUUGUGUUUUAAAUGUUGUAGUUGCCUUAUUCAUCUACAUGAUAGGGACAACAGGGAUGAUGUACAGUCGUCCCUCGCCACAUCGCGCUUCGAAUUUUGCGGCUUCAGUCUAUCACGUUUUGUUGUUGUUGUUGAGUAUGGCCUAUUAAUAGUCAAAACAUAUGCAUGUUUAAGCUAAUUUUGCGUAUUUUGGCCAAAAUUAAGCCUUUUACAAGCAUAGAAAUGACUGAAUGAACUAAAAUACAAAUAUAAAAUAUUCAGAAAACGCAUUGAAAGACACGAUAUGCACUAUUCUACACUGGUCACUAGGUGUCUGUAGUGUUACUGUAACAACCUGUUGGUGUUGUACGGUGGAUGUUCUACAUUCUGAUGUUCACGAACGCACCUUGCUGCUAAUGUUUUAGGUGGAGAAAGAGGAAAUGUUGUUGUGGCAGAGAGAGUGAAGAGGAGACAAGUGUGCGAGCUAAACUGCGUGCUGUGUCAGAAUUGGUGUUGGUGUUAAGGUUGGCAAUAAAUCUUUAAAAGAACGUCAGACUCUGUGAGAACACUACAUUGCAUUAGCUACCACAAAAAGUCCAGAAAAUAAAAAAUAAAAAAACAAGGAACUCUGCCAGUGCUAAAAUGUGUGAGUCUAUAUUA